AUGCCGAAUACGGGAGCGUUCCAACAACGGCAACUUGUGCUUGCUGAGAGGUCCAAGCACAAGCGGAAACGUCAACAUACCAAGAAGAAUGAUACAAAGACAAAGGUGAACAGCAUCAUCAAAACUUUGUUCCGGUUGUAUAUCUUCCCAUUCUAUGUGUCUUUUGUGUUUCUUGAAUGGCUGACGAUUAAGAAGCCAUGGGAAUAUAUCUCGUUGGUUAAGAGUAAACUAAAACAAGAGCUUGAAGUGUCUGAAAAAGCGUACAUCAAGGCCAAUACAUUGAAGGAGGGUACACAUGUUGAGAGGAAAGUAUCGGAACAGAAGAAGACUAAGCCAGCAAAGAAGAGUUUGAUCAAAGGGUUUAUCUCCAAGGUGUUGUACGUGUUUAAAAAGGUGCUGUUCACGCUAAAGUUCAUCUUUACAAAGUUAUGGUGGGCCAAAGCUGAUGUCAAGUUGAAAUUCAAGCAUUUAAUAAAGAAGUUAUACGGGUUAUGGGAUGAUACCGAGUUGAUAUUUUACAAGACUAAGGCACUACCGUAUACGAUAUUCUUAAAAGUGAAACUGUUUUUGGAAGAUUCAAUAUCUGAUGAAGUUGAAAUUGAAGUUUCAACGGCAUCUGAGCAAGAGGUAUACACAGAGCACUCAACUACCAGUCCUGUAUAUGCAAUAGAGGAGCAUCAGCCAAGGUCAUCACACUCAUCUUCAAGAGCUCGUGCAAGCACAUCCAAAUUCUGUCCCUUAACCCCCGGUACAAGAAAUUUGUUGACGCUGAACAGAUCGCCUCCUCGAUCAUCUAGCGUUAGAUUUACACAGGAGGUUAAGUUUGGAGGUUCAACAUUUGAAGAUUCCAUGAAGAUGAGAUCUGGCUUGAUUGAAAAGGAAAGACCCUUAACAAGAGAGGAACUUAUUGAGGAGUUCUUCUACAAUUACGAUGCAGUGUCUGGGAGAUCACGUCCUCAUAUACGCCGGAACUCAACACUGUCAUCUACUUGCUAA